UUGGCUACAUCCAAUAACUCCCACCCACCAGGUGGAUGAAUCUGAAAUAAAACCUUUGCUGGCCGGAACAGCCGGUAUCCGGAAACGGGAAACGGUGGAAAGAAAUUUUAGAUGGGUCAUGAAGCUGAGAUGGAGGCUUUUGCUUUGUCUGAGUGGGCUGUCGACAAAUUUCCUUGUCCGGACCGGUGUCCGAAAGUACCAUCAACCUUUUCAGGUAAAAGGGAAAAACGCACCACUUCCCUCGGUAAUAUCAGGCCUCAUCGAACCACCCGAACAAAGAAUUUCGGGCAUGAUCCUAAAACUACUAUUCAGUGCCCGGGCGACGUCAAAUCUCGGGGACCCAUCAAGUAUCGGGGAGUACCAUUCAACCAACAAGGUUACUCAAGCCUUCAACAAAAGUGAAGGCUCGAUUCUUUCUUGGAUUUAGUUCCAGCUGCAAACCUAACUUUGGAAGGACUACGAUCACAUUUUAGUAAUGACAUAGACUUCAACACACUUCCGCUUACCCUCGAGGCAUGUCACCGUAUUCACAAUGUUGUCUUUGUCUGUUUUCCGAGAACCUCGACUGUACCU